CUGUCAAAUGUCGAACCUUGUUUGUCACCAGAAAACCGAUUAAGAGAUCGAUCAAUAGAGCGGGUUUCAAAUUAACAUCUUGUUUUCUGGCCAGAUUCGGCACCUCAGACGCGAAAGAAUUGAUGCCUCGACUAAAGUACUCGACUUACCGCGAUAAUAUGGAUGAUACGAGAGAUUCCUUCAGUGAUAACAUAUCGGUGGUGGACGUUUAUGACAUUGCAUCCGACAUCGGGAAGGAAUGUGAAAAAAUUAUCGAUCUGUACGGGGCUACCGCCGUCACGGGGUUGAUGCCGAGGGUUAUAACAGCCCUGGAGCUCCUAGAACAACUGGCCACCCGAAACGAGACGGAAAACGCUCAACUUUUGGAGUUGCAGACGAAGGUUUCGCUGUUGGAGAACGACAAGAUAGAGAAGGCGGAAUACAGGGCAAAAUUCGAACGGGACUUGGAAUCUAUCGAGGAACAGUGGCGCAAGGAUAGCAACGACUUGUACAAUGCUAUCGCAAAGCUUCAAGAGGAAAACAGACGUCUGCUGCGGGUGCAGAACAGCACCACCCCCAAUGACAAGGAAAACGAAAUCGAAACGUCUGAAAAUCCCGCCAAUGGCGAGAUUUUACAACAGAUGAAAGACACGAUAGAGAAGCAGAGAGAUGAGAUACGUUCCAAAGAUAGACAGAUACAGGAAAAGAUCAACGAGAUUGAGAACAUGAGAUCCAACUACGAAAGGAUACAAGCAUCCACGAGGGAUGCCAAACGUAAACAUAAGAAUUUACAGACUCAAGUCAGGAAUCUCUGUGAGGAAAGAGCAGAUUUUCUGGUCCAGAUACAGGAUCAGCAACGCAGCAUCAAUGGGUUGAAGCAACGUUUGGGAUUGGCGGAGAAGGAAAACGAAGAUUUGAGCAAAAUGGAUCUUCCUCUGCCUUCAAACGUUGCCAUUUACGAUUUAGACGAUCCAAACAGGCCCAGGUUCACUACCGAGGAGCUCAAGGACAUUCUUAACGAAAGGAAUGAUUUGAAAGCUCGAGUCAGUGAUCUUGAGGAUGAAUUGGACACUUAUAGGCCGAAACCAAAGCCUGAGUCAGGUAUGAAGAAAAUUGUAAAUAGUAUUGAAAAUGCCUGUGAUAGUUUACUCAGUACAUUUCAAAUGUCCAAACCUAGUAUUUCAGCAUACGUACCUAGUCCACCAAUAGAAGACGACGCGCCGGUUCAAGGCCCCAUACCCCUUGAACCCGACGAUGCGCCCUGGAAGAAGUCCGAAUCCGGAAUAAGGAAAUUGUUCUGUUCGUUUAGAAGGCGGGGAAAGAGAAAAAAAUGUUUUUUGGGAAGAAGCUUUGACAGCCUCAAUCGAGUUAGGCAAAAUUAUCUCGAUAAAUUGACAGUUUUCGGAAGUUAUUUGCCGAAGGGGGCGGCAGCAGUGGAAGUUUUCCAAGACGUAGCAUGUCACCUCUCUCGAAGGUGUCUCUCUCAACUACUAAUGACCCAGUACCCCUCUAAUGGACCGAACGCCGCUAACAGUACACUGUUCUACAUAGAUCUGACGGGCGACGUUUGGUUCAGUUGAAUUCAAAUUCCAGGAAAUGUCUAUUUCGUUUUCGUUCUGUGAUUUUUUUUUUUUUAAUCGAUACUUGGGAGAACAUUUCUGAUGCUUUAAAAAACAACCAGUGAUGUAUUUAUUGAUUUUUAUUUUUUUAAAGUUAUAUUUAUAUUUGAUUGUAUCGAAAAAUUUGUUUCAAUUUUAUAUAUUCUAUAAACAUUAUCAAGAAAAUAUCGUAUUGGAUAGAAAAAAGACUAUAGAUAAACGUGUAAACACACACACAGAGUGAUUUAUUUGAAUCUAAGGGAGCAGUAAGUAUACAGGGUGGGUCCAGAAAUGGUAAUAAUGACGAGGAUGUAAAGGAUCAGAAGUCAAAACUCUGGUUGUUGAAACUCUGCUUGAACAGACUUCUUUUUAGCAUGAUCUUCCGAUAAAUCGAACAAUAUGACAUAAUCACUAUGUAAUAAGUAGUUUUGAAGUGUAUGAAGCAUCUUCUCUCUGGUUUUUCUGUUUGAAUAUUUUACAAUGUGACCAAAAAAUUCAUUUCUUGAGAGACGAGAAUGCUUAAUAGACCUCAAAUGAUCUGGCGCCUUAGCUUAGCAAUUCUCUUCAUUAAUUCGAACAAAGAGGCUUUUAAAUUGUAUUCAUGAUCAUUUCACAUAUUGACUUACAUCAUCAAAGAUGCAGCUAUGUUAAGUUGCAUUUAUCUUGAAUUUUAUAUCAAUUUUUCAUUCAAUAGAAACAUUUAACAAAGCUAAGAUUGUUUAAGUUCAUGGUGCACAAUUAUUAUAGUUGAAUUUAUGUAUUUGUGCCAAAAUUAUAAAGAUAUUUGUAGUUUGA